AUUUAUUAAUUGAUUAUGGCAGCUCCCUCUCACAUGUUAAGUACAUGGUGACCAAUAUGCACAUGUUUUAGGAUAUUUACCCUUGAAAUAUUUUUUGUGCCAUUAUAUUGGGGAUUUUUACAGUGGAGUUACACACCUGUACACCUAUUCAUUAGCCUUUUAUACCAGUAUUUAUUAUUGCAGGUUAUUAUUUGUGCAUGUUGCAACAAUUAGUAUUUAAUGUGUCCCUUAAAUUGUUAUUUUGUAAUUAUUGUAACACCUUGAGUCCUUUGGCAUUUAAUUGACAGCUUUGCAGCAGAGGAUAUGGCGCACUACUAAUGCCCAGUUAUGCUGUAUAUAUAUUUACUGCCCUUGUGGAUUUUCUGUGAAUGGAGCUGCAGCACAGAAGGUGCAUGGCUGAAUUGUGCAACCCCUGCCUGAUGCCAUUGAGUUGAAUGGUACAUGUGAAGCUUUUUAGCAUGCUGGCAGCAGACGCACAGAUGCUGCAGCAAGGGGGGGUGGGAAAGUGAAGCCCUUGGCUUUAAAGUGAAAGUGCCUGGUGUUUCCAGUCGUGCAGGGGUUAACUUCCUUACCGUGCUGCUCUCUGGUUCCUAAGUGGCUGUUCCAAUUAGGAAACAAGACAUCAAACAUGAGUGUUGAGAAAGCGGAAAGGCACUUUGCAAUAUACACCGAGCGAUUUCACAGUGCUGAUGCACGGCCAGGGAGCCGCGGCGCUCAUUACAUCACUCUCCCCGGCCAUUAUCCGGCAGCAUCUUAAGUGCAAUACGCAGGCCGCUGGCUCUGUCACAGCCGACUAGUCCCUGCUCAGUGACAGGGGGUGUAAAUCCGCGGCAGGGAGGCUCUUGCACAUGACGGAGCUCCCAAGUGCUUGUGCCCAGCUGCUGAGGGGAAGCGGCCAGCCUAGCAGAUCCUGUGACAUUUGUUAGACUAGUUUGCUGCCGAGCAGGCUCCGGAGCUCCGGGCUAGUUUGUGGGCUAGUUUGUGGGCUUCCUGACCUGUGUUUAGCAGCCAGGCGCCGGCCACGUUUUGUACAGGUUAAAUCAUUCGGCUCAGUCACAUUGCAUUUCCACUGCAGCAAAGGUGAAAAUGUCCUUCAGACCCUCCUGACAGCAAACUUCAGGGCUUAUUUUUUCCCCCCAAGCUUCCCCCCCCUUUUUUUGUUCAGAAGUCGCUCUGCAUUGAGCAGCAAUUUUUCUAUAGUUGUGCGUCACCGAGAGACUGCAUGAUAAUGAAGCAGUUCCACUGGAGGCCAGAACUCUCCUGCCUUUGAGGAAAGAAGCGCAGAACAGUUUGAUCAAGCACCCAAAGUACCGUGUCACCGUGGCUACCAGAAGCAUCAUGUUAAGCCUACAGGAUUCCGUCUUCUUCGAGAUAAGCAUAAAGUCGCUGCUGAAGUCCUGGAGUAGCAGCUCUUCCACACCAGCCAGCAGCGUAAACAAGAGGCGGGUUGCUCCCAUACACAACUGCACCUGGGAAAAACGAAGCGCCAUCAUGUCAAACAUUACCAUAGACCCCGACGUCAAGCCCGGCGAGUAUGUCAUCAAAAGCCUAUUCGCCGAAUUUGCAAUACAAGCAGAAAAGAAAAUUGAAGUUGUGAUGGCUGAACCCUUGGAAAAGCCUUUAUCAAGAUCUCUUCAAAGAGGUGAAGAUCUUCAGUUUGAUCAGCUGAUAAGCUCUAUGAGCUCCGUAGCAGAGCACUGUCUCCCCUCCUUACUCCGCACCUUGUUUGACUGGUAUAAGCGCCAAAAUGGAACAGAUGAAUCGUAUGAGUACAGGCCUCGUUCCAGCACAAAGUCAAAAGGGGAUGAGCAGCAACGAGAGAGGGAUUACUUACUUGAAAGGAGAGACCUGGCUGUAGACUUUAUUUUUUGUUUAGUUUUAGUAGAAGUCCUUAAACAGAUUCCUGUACACCCAGUUCCAGAUUCUCUUGUACAAGAAGUCCUCAACUUGGCUUUUAAGCACUUUAAACACAAAGAAGGGUAUUCAGGAACCAAUACAGGGAAUGUGCAUAUUAUUGCUGACUUAUAUGCAGAAGUCAUCGGUGUCCUCGCCCAGUCUAAAUUUCAGGCUGUAAGAAAGAAAUUCGUAACAGAGCUAAAGGAGUUACGGCAAAAGGAACAAAGCCCCCAUGUUGUACAGAGUAUCAUCAGCCUCAUCAUGGGGAUGAAAUUCUUUCGUGUCAAAAUGUAUCCCGUGGAAGAAUUUGAAGCUUCAUUUCAGUUUAUGCAGGAAUGUGCACAGUACUUCUUGGAAGUGAAAGACAAGGACAUUAAACAUGCACUUGCUGGUCUGUUUGUAGAGAUUCUCAUUCCUGUAGCUGCUGCUGUAAAAAAUGAAGUCAAUGUGCCAUGUUUGAAAAACUUUGUGGAGAUGCUCUACCAGACCACGUUUGAACUGAGCUCAAGAAAGAAACAUUCCCUGGCCUUGUACCCUCUGAUUACCUGCCUGUUGUGUGUCAGCCAAAAGCAGUUUUUCCUAAACAACUGGCACAUAUUCUUGCAAAACUGUUUAUCCCAUUUAAAGAUGCCAUCUAACAACAGUAUCAGAAAGCAAAUAGAAACCCUCCAGAAUAAAGAUCCUAAAAUGUCUCGAGUUGCACUGGAAUCUCUGUAUAGAUUAUUGUGGGUUUAUGUUAUUAGGAUAAAAUGUGAAAGCAACACUGUAACACAAAGCCGCCUUAUGAGCAUUGUAUCUGCACUUUUCCCCAAAGGCUCCCGUAGUGUAGUGCCCCGCGAUACCCCUCUUAAUAUAUUCGUCAAGAUCAUCCAGUUCAUUGCUCAGGAACGUUUAGAUUUUGCAAUGAAAGAAAUAAUAUUUGAUCUUCUCAGCGUUGGAAAGUCAUCUAAAACCUUUACCAUCAACCCAGAGAGGAUGAACAUAGGUUUGCGAGUCUUCCUUGUUAUAGCAGACAGCUUACAGCAAAAGGACGGGGAGCCGCCCAUGCCAACAACUGGAGUGAUCCUUCCCUCAGGAAAUACUUUGCGCGUAAAGAAAAUAUUUCUUAACAAAACUCUGACUGAUGAGGAAGCAAAAGUAAUAGGGAUGUCUGUAUAUUAUCCGCAAGUGCGCAAAGCAUUGGAUAGCAUUCUCAGGCAUCUUGACAAGGAAGUUGGUCGGCCCAUGUGCAUGACAAGUGUGCAAAUGUGUAAUAAGGAGCCCGAAGACAUGAUCACAGGGGAGAGGAAGCCCAAGAUUGACCUGUUCCGAACAUGUAUUGCUGCUAUCCCGAGGCUAAUUCCUGAUGGUAUGAGCAGGGCAGACCUCGUCGAACUCUUAGCAAGGCUUACAAUUCAUAUGGACGAGGAGCUCCGUGGGCUGGCCUUCAAUACUCUGCAGGCAUUAAUGCUGGAUUUCCCAGAUUGGCGGGAAGACGUUCUUUCGGGAUUUGUUUACUUUAUUGUGCGCGAAGUGACUGAUGUUCAUCCGACCCUUCUAGACAAUGCAGUGAAGAUGCUGGUGCAGCUAAUAAAUCAGUGGAAGCAAGCAGCUCAGAUGCACAAUAAAAACAUAGAUGUACAGCGGGGAGUUCCUAAUGGUGCAGCACAUACUCUGCCUCUUGAAAGGAGUCUAUAUUCCAGCGUAUUUCACGUGGUAGAAGGCUUUGCACUAGUUAUUCUAUGUAACAGCCGCCCUGCCACAAGAAGAUUGGCAGUCAAUGUCCUGCGAGAAAUUCGGGCCUUGUGUACUGUUCUGGAGGUUUCCAAGGGUGAUGAAGAGUUGGCUAUAGAUGUAAUGGACAGACUGAGCCCAUCUAUCCUUGAAAGCUUUAUACAUCUCACCGGGGCGGAUCAGACCACCUUGCUGUAUUGCCCAAACUCAAUAGACCUACAAACUCUAGCAGAAUGGAGCUCCUCACCAAUAAGCCACCAGUUUGAUGUGGUUAGUCCAUCACACAUUUGGAUCUUUGCUCAUGUGACACAGGGCCAAGACCCGUGGAUAAUAAGCUUGUCCAGUUUCCUGAAACAAGAAAACCUGCCCAAGUACUGCCCGACUGCUGUGAGCUAUGCCUGGAUGUUUGCUUAUACUCGUCUGCAGCUUUUAUCUCCACAAGUCGACAUAAACAGCCCCAUUAAUGCUAAGAAAGUUACUGCAGUAACAGGCAGCGACUCCUACAUUGGCCUCUGGCGAAACUACUUAAUCCUCUGCUGCAGUGCAGCCACUUCCACCUCAGCCGCAUCUACUGGUUCUGUGCGCUGUUCCCCUCCUGAGACGCUGGCGUCUACUCCAGACAGUGGAUAUUGUAUAGAUUCAAAGAUUAUUGGAAAUCCGUCCCCUUCAUCCUUGUUUAAGCACAUAGUACCAAUGAUGCGCUCUGAGAGCAUGGAAAUCACAGAAUCCCUCGUUCUGGGACUUGGCAGGACCAACCCUGGAGCAUUUAGGGAAUUAAUAGAAGAGUUGCACCCCAUAAUUAAGGAAGCACUUGAUAGAAGGCCAGAGAAUAUGAAGCGACGCAGGCGUCGAGAUAUUUUACGAGUCCAACUCGUCCGUAUAUUUGAACUGCUGGCAGAUGCUGGAGUCAUUAGUCACAGUGCAAGCGGUGGCCUUGAUAAUGAAACACAUUCCCUGAACAAUACUCUGUUGGAGUAUGUGGAUUUAACCAGGCAGUUGCUGGAAGCAGAAAACGAGAAGGACUCUGAUACACUGAAGGAUAUCCGAUGCCAUUUUAGUGCCUUAGUGGCGAAUAUCAUUCAGAAUGUUCCAGUGCACCAGAGAAGAAGCAUUUUCCCUCAGCAGAGCCUUCGCCAUAGCCUCUUCAUGCUCUUCAGCCAUUGGGCAGGACCCUUCAGCAUCAUGUUCACCCCACUGGACAGAUACAGCGAUCGCAACAUGCAAAUAAACCGACAUCAGUAUUGCGCUUUAAAGGCUAUGUCCGCUGUACUGUGCUGCGGUCCUGUUGCAGAUAAUGUCGGCCUGUCAUCUGAUGGAUAUUUGUAUAAAUGGUUGGAUAAUAUUUUAGAUUCCCAGGACAAGAAGGUUCACCAGUUGGGCUGCGAGGCUGUGAUGCUUUUGCUUGAGCUUAAUCCAGACCAGAGCAAUUUAAUGUACUGGGCAGUGGACCGCUGCUACACUGGCUCCAAGCGGGUGGCAUCUGGCUGCUUUAAAGCUAUAGCCAGUGUUUUCCAAAACAGGGAUUACCAGUGUGACACGGUGACUCUUCUUAAUCUGAUCCUGUUUAAAGCAGCCGACUCUGCCAGGGAUAUCUAUGAAGUUGCUAUGCAAUUACUUCAGAUCCUGGAACCGAAGAUGUUUCGAUAUGCCCAUAAAUUGGAAGUACACAGAACGGAUGGGAUCUUAAGCCCUCCGUCUGCUCUGCCACACUUGUACUCUGCAUCCUACUAUCAGCUCUCUGAAGAACUGGCAAGGACCUACCCAGAGUUAACGCUUGCUAUCUUUUCAGAGAUCAGCCAGAGAAUACAAACAGCACACCCUGCUGGCCGUCAGGUGAUGUUGCACUAUUUACUUCCUUGGAUGAACAACAUCGAGCUGGUGGAUCUGAAGCCUUUGCCUACAGCUCGGAGGCACGAGGAUGAAGAUGAAGACUCCUUAAGGGACCGAGACAUGAUGGUUAAUAGCAGGCGCUGGCUAAGAGGAGAGGGUUGGGGAUCACCCCAAGCAACUGUCAUGGUCCUUAAUAACCUAAUGUACAUGACAGCUAAGUAUGGUGAUGAGGUUGCAUGGUCGGAAAUUGAAAACGUCUGGACCACACUUGCAGAUGGCUGGCCAAAGAACCUGAAAAUCAUUUUGCACUUUCUCAUAAGCAUUUGUGGUGUCAAUAGUGAACCCAGCCUCUUGCCUUACGUAAAAAAGGUAAUUGUGUAUCUAGGCAGAGAUAAGACUGUGCAGCUGCUGGAGGAGCUUGUGAGUGAACUUCAGCUUACGGACCCGGUCAGCUCUGGAGUGUCUCACAUGGACAAUCCUCCAUAUUACCGCAUCACUUCUAACUAUAAAAUACCCUCCGUCACCUCAGGUACCACUUCCAGCAGCAAUACAAUGGUAGCUCCUACAGACGGCAACCAUGACAACAGGCAUCUGAGAGACAGCACUGAGGAGAGCUAUAUACAUCUAGAUAUCUACAGUGGCCUGAACAGUAACCUCAGUCGGCAGCAUCACAGGCUGGAGUCGCGAUACAGCAGCAGUUCUGGGGGAUCGUAUGAAGAAGAAAAGAGUGAUUCAAUGCCACUGUUCUCAAACUGGCGUCUCAAAGUGAUGGAACACAAUCGGGGAGAGCCUCUACCAUUCCCACCCACAGGGGGCUGUUAUUCACCACUGGUAGAUUACUUACCAGAAACCUCAUCUCCGGGCACACCGCUUCACAGGUGCAAUAUAGCAGUGAUCCUUCUUACAGACCUUAUCAUCGAUCACAGUGUUAAAGUGGAGUGGGGGGUCUACUUGCAUCUUCUGCUACAUGCAAUUUUCAUAGGGUUUGAUCACUACCAUCCAGAAGUAUAUGAGCACUGCAGACGCCUCCUCCUGCAUUUAUUGAUAGUGAUGGGCUCAAACAGCAAUGUGCAGAACGUGGCUUCUGUUCUCCUCAGGAACAGGGAAUGUAAUGAACCAAGGGUGCUUACUGUCAGAAGCAGUGCACAUCUGGACUACUUAUUCACAGGCAUUAAUGAUUUUAUACCUGAAUACCAGCCUUCUCCCAUGACGGACUCAGGGCUCAGCUCAAGUUCUACCUCGUCAAGCAUAAGCUUAGGGAAUACAAGCACUGCUGUUCCACACAUGCACACCACCAUCCUCAACGAAGUGGAUCUCUCUGUAGAACAGGAGGAGAAAGUCAAAACACUCAUGGAGUUCAUCACUUCAAGGAAAAGAGGUCCACUUUGGAACCAUGAGGAUGUUUCUGCAAAAAAUCCAUGUAUUAAAAGUGCUGAGCAGCUUACUGUGUUCCUGAAGCACGUGGUCUCUGUUUUUAAGCACUCAAGAUCAGGAUUUCAGUUGGAGCACCAGCUAAGUGAAGUUGCAUUGCAAACGGCACUCUCCUGCUCAUCUCGCCAUUAUGCCGGAAGGUCUUUUCAGAUUUUCCGGGCUCUUAAACAGCCUCUCACCGCACAAACCCUGUCGGAUGUUCUUUCAAGACUUGUAGAGACUGUUGGUGAUGCAACUGAAGAGGCUCAGGGUUUUGUCAUCGAGCUUUUGCUUACACUGGAGUCAGCCAUUGACACACUGUCAGAGACCAUGAAACAUUAUGAUCUUCUGUCUGUACUUGCCCAAAGUUCAUACCAUGACUCUCUAAUGGGGAAUAAAAAUGCAGCUAACAGGAAGAGCACUGGACAACUGAACCUAAGCACAAGUCCUUUGAGCAGCGGGAACUUCAUGGGAAACUACAACAACGCACGAAGCAACUCUCUGCGGCUCAGUUUAAUUGUUGACCGUAGAGGGGACAGGCGGCGGAGUAACACACUGGACAUAGCUGAUGGAAGGAUAAACCAUGGGGGCAGUUUAGCAAGGACUAGAAGCCUUUCCUCUCUGAGAGAGGGAGGAAUGCAGGAUGUGCAGCCAACUACAGAUCCCACCAAUCUCUUGGCCACCAUCUUCUGGAUCGGAGCGUCCUUGCUGGAGUCAGAUUAUGAGUAUGAGUAUCUUCUUGCUCUCAAACUUCUAAACAAACUGCUCACUCAUUUACCACUGGACAAAUCUGAGUGUAGAGAGAAGAUUGAGAAGGUGCAGAGCAAACUGAAGUGGAAUAACUUUCCAGGCCUUCAACAGCUCUUCUUAAAGGGCUUUACCUCAAUGUCUACGCAGGAAAUGACUGUUCACCUGCUCAGCAAGCUCAUCACUGUAUCUAAACAUGCACUCGUGGACCCAUCCCAAAUGGCUGGAUUUCCUCUUAACAUUCUAUGCCUUCUGCCUCAUUUAAUCCAACAUUUUGAUAACCCAAACCAGUUCUGCAGAGAGACAGCAGACAGAAUAGCUAAGGUCUGUGCAGAGGAGAAGACGGCCACGCUCACAAAUCUAGCUCAUAUGAUGAGCUUAUACAGCACGCACAGUUACUCAAGAGACUGUGCCAACUGGAUCAAUGUUGUGUGUCGAUAUCUGCAUGAUUCCUUUUCAGACAUAACGUUCAACCUUGUAACAUAUCUUGCAGAGCUUCUGGAGAAAGGCCUGGCGAGUAUGCAGCAGUCAUUACUGCAGAUUAUCCACAGCCUGCUCAGUCACAUUGACCUCUCUGCUGCUCCAGUCAAGCAGUUUAACCUUGAGAUUAUCAAAGUUAUAGGGAAAUACGUGCAGAGCCCCUAUUGGAAAGAAUCCCUAAACAUCCUGAAGCUCGUGGUGUCUCGCUCUGCCAGCCUGGUUGUGCCCAGCGAUGCCCCUAAAUCAUACGGAGGAGAUAUAGGCUCUCCUGAAAUCUCCUUUACAAAAAUCUUUAAUUGUACUUCCAAGGAACUACCUGGGAAAACAUUAGACUUUAAAUUUGAUAUCUCAGAGACACCGAUCAUAGGGCAUGGUGACCAGCAUAGUGCGGCAGGAAGAAAUGGAAACCCCAAAGUAAUUGCUGUGACACGCAGCACAUCAUCCACCUCAUCUGGCUCCAACUCCAAUGCUCUUGUGCCUGUCAGCUGGAAGAGGCCUCAGUUAUCUCAGAGGCGAACCCGGGAAAAGCUCAUGAAUGUUCUCUCGCUGUGUGGGCCAGAUUCUGGGCUUCCCAAAAACCCCUCAGUGGUUUUCUCAUCAAAUGAAGAGCUGGAAGCAGGAGACCAGCAGACCAGCCUCAUCUCCAGCACAGAGGAAGCCAUUCAGGAGGAGGAGGUCGCUGUGGAGGAUACAGGCAGUGAACAGCAGUUUGGAGUUUUUAAGGACUUUGAUUUUUUGGACGUGGAGUUGGAAGAUGCUGAGGAGCUGCAGGGUGAAAGUAUGGAUAACUUCAACUGGGGAGUCCGCAGGCGAUCACUGGACAGCAUUGAUAAAGGCGAUACCCCGUCUCUGCAGGAAUGCCAGUACUCUGGCAGCACCCCCAGUCUGAACCUAACCAACCAGGAGGACACAGACGAGUCCUCAGAAGAAGAAGCUCUGACUGCAAGUCAGAUAUUGUCUCAUAGGCACAUGCUUCACAAUGAUUCCACGGCGGAGGAGAGCGUGCCAGACCAUGUGGACUCUCUUCAGCAUUCUAUAGACUCAGUUAGUAGUGCUCUGACUGAAGAAGUACUACCAACCAGAGCUGAGACCCCAAGUCUGGAGGUGACCCCUCCAGAUAGCGCUAACAGUCAGCUGCCUGAGGAGGCCAGUGUAUCAGGGAAGGAUGAGCAGCUGAGCACUGCUAGUGAAGACACAGGCUCAUAUGUUACCCAAGAGCAGCAUGAUCAACUACUUUUUCAGGAGCCCUUAGAGGUAGAAGAACCAUGUGAUCUUCUGGAACCCCCAGCUCCGGAAAGCCCCCCUGAUUCUGUCUGUGAAGAAGACGUCACACUUGCUUUAAAGGAGCUGGAUGAGAGAUGUGAAGAGGAAGAAGCUGAUUUCUCUGAUCUCUCAAGCCAGGACGAGGGAGAACAGGACUGCUUUGCAGAGGUUCAGUCGUCCCCACCUCCUUCACCCUUUCUCUCUGCGAUUCUGGCUGCUUUCCAGCCUGUGGCCUACGAGGAUGAGGAGGAAGCCUGGCGCUGCCAUGUCAAUCAGAUGCUGUCUGAGACAGAUGGCUCCUGUGCAGUUUACACUUUUCAUGUGUUCUCCAGGCUGUUUCAGACCAUUCAGAGGAAGUUUGGGGCACUGACCAACGAUUCCGUCAGCUUCCUCGGAGAAAGCCUGCAUCGCAUUGGUACCAAAUUUAAAAGCUCCCUUGAGGUGAUGAUGGCGUGCUCUCAGUGCCCAACAGUCUUUGUGGAUGCAGAAACGCUGAUGUCCUGUGGCUUAUUAGAAACCCUGAAAUUUAGUGUACUGGAGCUUCAGGAGCAUCUGGAUACUUACAAUGCCAAGCGGGAGGCUGCUGAGCAGUGGCUGGAUAACUGCAAAAGGACCUUUGGUUUAGGGGAGAGUGCUCAUACAGCAAACACAGAUGCACAGCAAAUGGAAAUACUAGCAGAGCUUGAGUUAUGUCGGAGGCUGUACAAGCUGCAUUUCCAGCUUCUGCUGCUCUUCCAGGCCUACUGCAAACUCAUCAAUCAAGUGGACUCAAUAAAGCGAGAGGAUGAGGUAAUAAACAUGUCUGAGGAGCUUUCUCAGUUGGAGUCUUGCCUGAAGGAAGCCGAGUCCUCUUCAGAUGUUGGCAUAGAAGACUGUUAUAUUUCGGAGUUUUGCCAAGGAAGUGAAGCAGCUGUUCAUUCUGUGAUAGAAAGCUUGAGAGGAAAAGAUUAUGCAUCAGCCAUAGCACAGGUCAAGGCUUUCAGGUCUGUCUGGCCAAACGAUAUAUUUGGAAGCUCAGAUGAUGAUCCAGUCCAAACAUUGAUGCAUAUUUACUUCCGCCAUCAGUCACUAGGCCAGACUGGAAGCUUUGCUAUCAUUGGCUGUAAGCAUGACAUGUCCAAAGCAAGCUCCAAACUGAUGGAACUCAAUCUAGAAAUCAGGCUUUCCCUGCGAGUCGUGCAGUCCUACCAACUUCUAUCCAAAGCCGACCCCUUGGCCGACAUGACGAGCAGUGAGUGUUGAACAGCUGCUUUCAUGUUGAUGUCAAAAAAGUGAAGCACUGGAUGUCCCAGAAUAUCAUCAAGCACCUUUCAUAAUUACUGUAUAUCCUUUAGAUGAAUCCGUAUUUUUUUUAAACUGCAUAGAACUUCAUUAAGAGGAACCAUCACAAACUCAAACCAUGAGUUGUGCGAGCAAGCGGCUGAGGAAAGUGAGAUUCCGCGUGUCAGACGAUGGAUGUUAACGUCUGAAGAUUUGUUUUUCGUUUCCUUUUGUCCCUUGCUAACCACCCAGAAGCAAAAGGGCUAACCCCGUGUAAAUAGCAGAGCCUUUGCAAUAUGGACGAUUUAGUGAGGCACAACGUUGUAUGGUCACUGAUGCUGUGUCUUGCCUAAAGGAUUUCUUGGAGUCCUGGUCAAACCAGUCCCCCCCAGGUCAGACAAAUGUACAUUGUUAAUGACUUUCCUAAAAGGCAAAAGAAGACUCUAAAGACUGCGGGGCAACCACUGAACUUCUUGUUUGUGUCCCUAAACCUCAUCUCCUCCAGUCUGUGCAGAUGGGUGGCAGUUGGAGUGUGUGUUUGACAGAUGCGUUUCUCAAGGUCUGAGUGUACAUAAGGUCUCCGCGCAUGCCUCAAAGAGUACUGCAAUAUUAUUUUUGGAGAAAUUUUUAUUUUAUUAGAUCUAACACCUCAUAGUGUGUAAAUGUUAGGACAUUCAAAUUAUUUUAAACUGGGAAGUUUCCCAGUUUUUCUAAAAAAACAAAACAAAAACAGAACAAAAAAAAAACAAAAACAAAAAAAUAAUAAUAUAUCUUAACUUUAUUAGAAUGCUGCUCAGUUCUCUGACCAGUGCUUAUGGUAUAAAUAUUAAUUACUAACCAAAAAGUAGCUGCCUGCAGAGACUUUAAAAUGUAUAUUUAGAUAUAUGCUGCCCAACAGCAGCUCUCCCUAGUGGAACAGAUAACUUAUUUUAUUCUGUAUAUAUUCUAGAAUCUCAAUACGGUGUUCUACCAGUAUUUUCUUGUAAAUCUGUGCAAUGCACUGUUAUAGGAUGAUAGAUGUACAAAGCAAACCCUUUUAUCGACUAAUGCUUCUAAAUGGCAUGGAGAGGCUCGAUGGUGGACAUUGUGAGUAUGUAUUGUAUGGCCUAGUUUUAUAGGAGGCUUAGAUAAAGGCAAGAAACAAUAUCAAUGCAUCUAUGUUUCAUUAUGUUGUAAUUAGGGUGGUCUUGAUAAACAGGCGAAGCUACCAAAAAACCCAGCCUUGGCAAAAGAGCUUACUGUAAAAAAACAAAAUGAAAUUCUGUAGCACAAAAUAAACAGGUUUCUCUAUACACCAACAGCAUUUUUGUAUAAUAAAUGAAUGUAGUCCCAACAUGGUUCCUGCCCUGUAAGGAAUAUCCUCCAAUUUUUUUACACCUUUUAUCCACUGUGAUUAAAAAAGGAAGAAAACAAAUGCUACAUCUAUCUCUCUUGAUUAUGGAUGUUUUGGUAUUGCCACCAUUGGGAUCUAUGCAGGGGCAGAGUUGUGUUGAAUACAUAACCCUACAAAAGUAGGUGCCUUGUGUGUGGCGAACAUACACCCUAAUCUAGAUGCUGCGGUAUUUUGUUCUGCCAGCCAUGAUUGGGUAAUUCAGAAGCCCCAGGGCAGUAGUGUGCAACUGCCACACUUUAGGCUAAAGCCCACUGAGAAAAGAUUUGGGGGGAGAAUGCCUAUGUUGUUUCCAUAGAUAUUCCUGGAAGCCCAGCAUGAAGCUCAAUGAGAUUUUGGGGUUGAACACUUAUUUGCUGCCCUUGGAACUUUGACUGAAUGGCUGAUAUAGUGAUACCUACAUAAUGAUUAAACCUUCUAUAGUGUGUCCUUGAGUAAAGUUAUGUAUCAUUGGGGGGAACUUCACCUGGAAACCCUAGGGGGAUCAUGGGAAAUAAAGACAGAAUCUGCCCCUUUCACCUGCAGUAACUUCUUUAUAUUAAUACCCUGAAUAUAACAUGUUUCUUUGGUCAUGUAGGGGCCGUGGUGUUUUCAAUUCCAACCAUACAGGAUUUAUUUUGUGGUGCUUUUUUGUUUUAUUUACAUUAUCCUUCCAUCCCCUAUUCUAUUUUUGUAAUAAAAACACAUUGCUGUCUGUU